AAGAAACAAAUAAACGUUAUGAUUUAGAUGAUCCUCUUGCUUAUCUGAGGUGAUUUUGCCUCUUUCUUGUGCAGAGCGCCAAGGCCCAAACACCUCCCUCCUCUCUCUCUCUCUCUCUCUCUCUCUCUCUCUCUCUCUCUUACACACACACACAGAAUCAAAUACUCAUUCACUGCUCACUCUUCCUAUAACUACUCCUAUACCUCUCUUCCUUGUCGCUCUCCUUCAGUUCCCUCAUUUUUAUUCGGAGGAAGAUUAAAUUACAAGGCCGAAGAAAUUUUUUUGUGUUCUUGUUACAGCAUAAUGUCAGCUUGCAAAGAGGAUGAUCCACGUAUUGAUGGCAUUCAAUCGAGAAUCCGGGUCGUACCAAAUUUCCCAAAACCAGGGAUAAUGUUUCAAGAUAUUACUACACUUUUACUCGAUCCAAAGGCCUUCAAGGACACCAUUGAUUUGUUCGUUGAGAGAUACAAAAGCAAAAACAUUACUAUUGUCGCCGGGAUAGAGGCCCGGGGCUUUAUAUUUGGCCCUCCCAUUGCGUUGGCAAUUGGAGCGAAGUUUGUUCCCUUGAGAAAGCCAAAGAAACUUCCUGGUAAAGUUUUCAGGGAAGAGUACGACUUGGAAUAUGGAAGCGACUGUCUUGAGAUGCAUGUUGGAGCAGUAGAAUCUGGGGAGUGUGCAUUGGUUGUUGAUGAUCUGAUUGCUACUGGUGGCACUCUCUGUGCUGCCAUGAACUUAUUGGAACGUGCCGGAGCUGAAGUUGUAGAGUGUGCUUGUGUCAUUGAAAUACCAGAUCUAAAGGGAAGGGAUCGAUUGAAAGGGAAGCCAUUAUUUGUUCUCGUGGAAUCUCAAUAGAAGCAACAGAUGACGAUAUGGACAUUUGCUGCUAUACAUUGGAAGGCUAUUAUCGCCCGGGAAUAUUCUUUCACUUUAGCCCCUUCAUUUCUCCUACUAGUGGGAUUUUCCAUGAUUUAAUCAGUAUAUUUUCCACUUUGGCUAAGGAAUUUUUAUGCUCAAUGGCUUGUUAAGAAAUGUUUCCUCUCAUGGAUAGAUGAUGUGACUUUUGGAUGCUUUUGUUUUACCGCAUUCUAAAAGCUCAGAAAUGGAUUUCGGCUUCAUUUU